AUGGCAAAGAAGACCCAGAAUCACGACAGGGCAGAGGUCCUCGUCUCUAUUGAACAGUUCAAUCGCACCAGAGACUCGGUCAUCCAUGCCCUCACCACUCUGCAGCAGAACCUCACCCAUGUCCAGGAGGGUCUCUCCAUCCUGCUGCGCGCGUACAUGAACCACAGCGCAUCGCUUCUUGCACGAGAGGAUGGCGCAACCAUUGAGAGCCUCCAGCUCCCAGCAAGCCUCAUUGCCAAUGCCAACGCUGCCGCCGAAGCUGCACAGAAUGCAAGCUCGCAUGCCGCGCAGGCUGUUGCGUCCACCCCAGCUGCCGGCGCAUCCGCCACGGAGGCCUCCAAGAAGAAGCGCAAGCGGGAGAAGAAGGAGCGCGACCCCAAUGCGCCCAAGCGACCCUUGACCGCCGCAUUCCUCUUCGCGCAGAGCGCCCGACCCAUCGUCAAGGCCGACCUCGAGCGCGAGUUGGAAGCCGGCGCGAAGCUCGAGCCCAAUGCCGUCAAUCUCGAGGUGACGAAGCGCUGGAACGAGAUGGAUGAAGAGGACAAGGAGAAAUGGAAGCAAUCCUACCGCGAUUCCAUGGUUCAGUUCAACAUCGAUAUGGAGGCCUACAAAGCCAAGACGGGCGUUGCCGUUGAGGAUCUCGAGGAGGACGAGGUGGAGGUGGGAGCCCUCGAGACGGAGCUAUCUGAAUCCGAGGACGAGGCCGGCGCUGCUGCCAAAGAAGCUACCCCGCCAGCUCCAGCCAACAAGACCCCCCGCCCCAACAAGCGCCAGAAGACCGCCGCCGCCAGCUCCGCCCUCAACGGUGCCAACCACGUCGCCAUUGCUCCAGCUGCCGCCCGCUCUCCGGUUCCCCUCCCCGCCGGUGGCAAGCAGACUGGCACUCCCAUCCUCCCUCCCGCCGCUGAGACGGCCACUCCCGCCAAGAAGGACAGGAAGAAGAAGGAGAAGGCCGCCGACAAGGCCGCUCCCCAGGCCAUUGCGCCCGCACCUGCCGCUGCCGCCGAGCCCGCCGCCGAGGAGAGCAAGAAGAAGGGAAAGAGCCGCAGCACCCGCAACGCCGCUGAGCCAGAGGCCACCACCGAGACCCCUGCCGCUGAUCCCAAGCCCGCACCUAAGAAGCGCGACCGCAGCAAGCGCAAGAGCGAGGUCGCUGCUGCUUGA